CACUGAGCCGGCUUUGGGAAACCCGCGCCAACAAAGAUCUUCGCCGGGUUCCAACACCCCUCCCCCCCGGCCUGCAGACCCCAAGAUCUGUAUCCGAGGCGGUGAGGGCGUUCGCCCCUGUGUACCAAGGCCGGGAGAGAUUCCGCCGAGGCGACAGUUCCGGCGGCGGCCUCGAAGCAGCUGGGAGCGGAGCAAAAGGCCGGAGUGCCGCCCCAGGGCGCAGGGCCCAAACCGGGUAUCGGAAGCCAGGGAACUCUCCAUCGGGAGACUGCAGCCCAGCCGGGUUCCUUCCCUCCCGUGGCGGAGACGCUGCUCCCGCCCCUCAGCUCCGUACCCGCUGCUCCCCGGAGGCUAGAAGUCCUUGGACGUCUCAGUCCACGCUUCGGGCUCCCUCCCACUCACCAUUUUCACCGCGGCUGUCUGAGGAACACGGGGAAGGUAGCCGACCCGCACCGAGUCUACGGAGCGUCCUCCUCGCAGCUCCGAGACCAAGAGACCAAGCGCGAAGCCGAUGCGGCGGCGCGAGCCUACCAGGGGGCGGGCGCGCGCCAGGGGGCGGGCGCGCGCCUCGCACCCAAACGCGGUUGCGCACGUCACGCACCGCCCGCCGUUGCUGUGCAACCGGCAGACCUGGCAACGGUCGGUCUGGCAACGCCCCGUUCCAGCGACCCUCAGGGACUCCCAACUGUGGGGAGGCCUCGGUCACCUUCUUGGGGCUGGGGGGCUGGUAUCCCUUCACCGUCCGGGUCUUUGGAAGUGUAAGUGGGUCCCCUAACCCUCCUGAAGACAAGGAGGUGGAGCCUAGGCUGACACCUACCGGCGAGGGGCGGGCAAAGGAUGAACUAAGAGGGAGUGGCUCUCCCCAUGGGGCGGGGCCAGAGGAUGCCCCGCCCACUGCGCAGCGGUUGCCCUUUCAUAGAAGUAGCCACCUGGCCAGGUGUGCACCGCCGCUUGCGGGGGUGAGGGGCACGCUGGGGGCGGAGGAUGGACUCAGCCCCCGGAGGAUGCGGACGGGAGGGAGGACUGGCUGGACGACCGGCGGAACCAGGCCCCAGCCGUGGCGGAGGGGCCGCAUCCCGCAUUUUUUACCUACUUUGGUGUGAUUCCCGCCACCCUCCUCUGAUUGGCCAACACGGCACGUCGGGCCCUCGCGUGAGAGGAAAAGUCUGCACAUUUUUCCUCCUUCCCGAGGCGACCGUGGCCAUUCAGAGUGCUUUGUGACUCACCGCUAAUUUCAGGACCCCAUGUCUUGGAGAUUCCGUCAUACUUCUGUAGAGUGUGAGGCCCAGAGACAGGAAUUCAUUCAGAUGAAGCUCAUUCGCUGAGGCAAAGGGAAGUAUAGUCUGGAAGGAUGCUGCCUACUUGAAAGCCAUGCAGAGCCUUCUGGGUCUUAUAUACUGUAGAGCAUCACACUAAAUUACUCACCCCAACCUUACAUAUGGGAAAUACAAAUUCUUAUCUUGGAACAAUGUCACUGUUUUUUUUUUUUUUGGUGGUAAAAUACAUGUAACAUGCAAUUUAUCAUCUUCACCUUUUUAAGUGUACAGUUCAGUGAUAGUAAAUAGAUUUAUAAUAUUUUGCAACUCAGACAUCCAGGAUAGCUCAAUGGGCUGUCAGGCACCCUGAAUCCCCAGAUGACCAUAAUGGGGUGUUGGACCAGUGUUGACUGUGAUCUGGCUGGGCAGGACUGGCAGCUCCCCUGAGUCCUCACUAGGGAGUGGCCAUGUUGAUUUCCUGGUCUUGAUUUCCCUUGGUUGUGAGUUAGAUGCCUGUUAUGGAACAGUUUCUUCAGACUUUGUGAUUAAUUAAAAAGUUUCCAUUGUGUGAUUUCAUGCCAUUGCCCCCUAGGAGAAGUCUUGAUAUUUUGAUUGGGAGAGCAGGAUAUACUCGUAUACAUUUUUGGGUGUGUGCUUACACACACGCACACACCCCAAGUUUGGUUUUACAUUCCACAGAUGAGUUGAUGCUAGCCAAAACGGGAUAAAAAUCAUGCAGAAAGGGGGAAGUGUGUAUGUGGCCCCAUGCCAGCGUUAGGCAUAUUCUUUACCUGGUACUUUUUGUUUGUUUGUUUUUUAUAACUUUAUUUUAUUUAUUUUAUUUUUACGUGGUGCUGAGGAUGGAACCCAAUGCCUCACACAUGCUAGGUAUGAAAAUGAGUGUGAAUGUCAACUGGUGUUAAAAGAAAUGCUUGAACGACUUAACAAGGAAGCUGACGAAGCCUUGUUGCAUAACCUACGUCUUCAGCUCGAAGCUCAGUUUCUUCAGGACGAUAUCAGUGCAGCCAAGGACAGGUACAAAAAGAAUCUUCUGGAAAUUCAGACCUAUAUUAGCAUCCUGCAGCAGAUCAUCCAAACCGCUCCCCAAGCAUCCACCAUCACCAGCGGGAUGAGGGAGGAGAAGCUCCUGACUGAACGGGAAGUGGCCGCCCUGCAGAGUCAGCUGGAGGAGGGCCAGGAGGCGCUUUCCCACCUGCAGGCACAGAAGACUGAGCUGCAGGCCCAGACAACGACCCUGGAACAAGCUAUUAAAAACGCCCACGAGUGUUAUGAUGAGGAGAUUCAGCUUUACAAUGAGCAGAUCGAAAGCCUGAGGAAGGAGAUCGAAGAGGCUGAGCGGACACUGGAGAAGUCUUCCUAUGACUGCCGGCAGCUGGCCGUGGCCCAGCAGACUCUGAGGAAUGAGCUAGACCGGUAUCAUCGGAUCAUUGAGAUUGAAGGCAACAGGCUGAGCUCCGCCUUCAUUGAGACUCCCAUCACCCUGUUCACCCCAAGUCAUGGGGCCUCUCUUAGCCUUGGAUCCGGCGGGAAAGAUCUUACUAGGGCUCUGCAGGAUAUAACAGCAGCAAAACCAAGACAAAAAGGCCUCCCCAAGAACAUUCCAAGGAGAAAGGAGAUUAUAGCUCAAGAUAAAACAGAUGAAACUCUGGAAGAUGCACCAUUAAAAGGUGUGGAAGAUACAAAACCAGUGCAGAUGAUACUUAAAGAGGAAGAUGAAUCUAAGCUUGAAUCAGGGGAUGGAGAAACAAGGCCCCUCAUACAAGAAGGGGGUCCAGAGGAUGUGCCAGAUGGGGGACAGAUAAGCAAAGCCUUUGGGAAGCUAUGCAAGAUGGUCAAGGACAAAGUGAAAGGCACCAAAGAGCCUGUCCCUGAGCCCCCUGCUGACCUGUACACCAAAGGGCGGCAUGUGCUGGUCACGGGGGAUGCUAGUUAUGUGGACCCUGAGUUCUGUUCCUCCUCCAUCCCAGCCAAGGGUGGAGUAGUGAUUUCCACUGAAGAAGACUCUCUGCAACGUGACAGCCAUGAGGAGCCCACUCCUGAGCAGCCCACGCCACCUUUGGAGAAUGGACAGGAGGGCCCCCAGGGGAAAGAAGAUGAACACCCAAACAACCAGCAGGCUACAGACAAGGAAAGUGGGGCAAAUUCCAAAGAUGUGAAAGGUCCUGGGGAGAAAGAUGAUGGCCAGAAGGAAGAGGAGAAGUCCAGGAAACCCUGUCCUGGGAUAAUACCUGGUUCAGAGAGACCGACUACACACCAGUCUCUAAGGCCUGGGGCCAAUGAAGGUGGACCAGCAGGUCCUGGGAGUAAGAGCAGCAGCCUGCUGGAUAAAAGCCCUCCCAGGGCACUGACUUUCAAGAAGGUGGAAGUGGUGGAAUCCAUUGAGAAGAUUUCAACAGAGAGCAUUCAGACAUAUGAAGAAACUGCUGUAAUUGUGGAGACUGUGAUUGGGAAGACAAAGGCAAACAAGAAAUUGGGAGAGAGGGGCUCCUAAAAUGCCCAGGCUCAAUAGCAGAAAAUGUUCUUGGGCCACCAUAGGGGAAAUGCUUUGAUAUUUUAGAACAAAAGAUAAAAGAGUGGGGGUUCCUAUUUGAGUUAGAUCACGGUGGGCCCAUCUGGCACUGUCAGUGAACCUUCAUUAAAGCGUUUUCUUUGC